AUGCUUAGGUUGGGCUCUACUGGCUGUGGGAACGAUUCCCGUUGCUGGCGCGCCUUCCGGUGUCAGAAGGCCCCUCCGACUGCGGCAAUGACUCAAACUGAAUGCGGGUAUGAGGACGAACCCAUCUCCACCUCCACCCCCACGUCUGGCCUGGCCAAACGAGAGACACCACCUGGACCGAAACCAGCAGCUGUGACGGCGGCUCCAGAUUAUAAUGGGGCCGGCGUGCCAAACGUUUUCGGAAAUGGCUUCGACUGUGAUGACGGGUUCAGCUUUGGUGGCGACGCGUCUGACAAGCAGGGAUGCACCGGUGGUUUCGCAAGCAGUGCUGCCUUAGACUUUUCAGACCUUGGGGCUAUCCUGGAGGACUGUGCGGUACAGCAGCUGCAACAGUCUAACUUGGGUAAGCCGGAGGUUGGGAAAGAGUGCACCGGCGGCAGUGGUCCCGACUCCCCACGGCACCAAGCAGCAGACUGCACGCCCAGCGCAGAACUUCCUCUUUCCGGACCCACCUUGCCGGAGUUUCACAUCAUGGCGGUUGAAGAACCUACAGGGCAACGGAACGUGAUGGGCUCGGCUGAUGAUGUGGACCGUGUACAACAGCUGCUGGAGGAGUAUGAACGCCAGGAGGGACAGAGGAAUCAGCUUUCUUCGUCGUCAUGCAGGCUGAGAGCGGCAUCCAGCGGCAGCAAACAUGAUGGGCACCGGGCUGCUGCUGGUAGUGGUGGUGAUGGUGUGCAAGUAGCCACUUACACCUCCGGGGCAGCAUCCACUGAUGCAGACAGGGAUCGGACAGCGAAGAACGCUGCUGCUGUGGUGGCUGGUACUGGCGGAGUUGUCCCCUGCAGUGAAGAUGGAGACGAUUUGGGUUCUUGGGCUGGGGAGGAGUACGAAGAGGAUCAUGUCCGGGGUGUGCAAGGGGCAUACCUCAAAUAUGCUGCACGUCUAGCUCGGCAGCCUGAUCAGUGUGCAAGGACAUUCGAGGUGCAGCUCAUGGCGCCGGUUUUGGCCAUGGUGCUGGACUGUGCAGAGUGGCUGCAAGGCUUGGAGCUCGAGAUGCACCGGCCCGCCAUCAAUGCAGCAGCAAAUUGGGAUUUCACAACACUUGCAAUUUACACGUGUAGUGCCAACUGUUACCAUGGGCGACUGCUUUCUUCGAGCCCUGACCUGCAGCAGGAGGACACCGUGCUGGUGGAGGAGUAUGUUGCAGUGGCGAAUGAAGAUCAGAGCCAUGUCCGUGAUGAGCUGAAGAUAAUGUAG